AUAGGAGUAGAGCCCAUGGAUGAUUUUAUGCCAUGAAACCAAAUUCAAAGAUAAGAAAUAAACAAAAACACAGACCACAAAAAUAGCUCUGAAAUGAGCUGCACUUUCACCCUUCAAACUCUCAAGGCUUUGCCUUGUCUUUCUUCUUCUCAAUGCAGCGGCAGAAGAACAAAGCCAGCUCCUCUCUGCAACCACAAAUCAGCCAACCACACCAAGCUCAAUAAGAAACUGCUUUCGAGCUUAUCCCAGAGGGCUUCUCACUUCUUUGAUGAGAAAAAAUCUGGCUUGGCUGUUCAAAUUGGAGCUCUGCUUUGGGCCACUUUUGAGCAGCCAGCAAUUGCAGUAACUGGAGAGAAUAAUUAUGAUAUAGAUUUGAACACAGUUAUAAUAAAACUGGGAAUUAUUGCAGUUUGGUAUUUCCUUAUAAUGCCACCAAUUAUAAUGAACUGGCUUAGGGUGAGAUGGUACAGGAGAAACCUUUUGGAAAUGUAUCUGCAAUUCAUGUUUGUCUUCUUGUUCUUCCCAGGGCUGCUGCUUUGGGCACCAUUUCUUAACUUCAGAAGACUUCCAAGAGAUCCAUCAAUGAAAUAUCCAUGGUCUACCCCUGAAGAUCCUUCCAAAGUUAAAAAUUAUUACUUGAAGUUUCCCUGGGCCGAACCUGAAGAUUAUGAUUUAUGAAUAAAAAAAUAUUGUACGAUCAAAACCUGGAGUUUCAUAUAUUGAAUGUAAAGAGGGUAAAAUUUAAUUGCCCAUUAACUUAAA